GUGGAGGAGGCAGGGGUGGAGCAAGCUUUGGUCAAGAUCAAAAACCUAAAAAAGAAUCAAUACUAGAUUUAUCAAAAUAUAUGGAUAAAAAAAUACGCGUAAAAUAUAAUGUUAUUGGAUCAUUAAAAGGUUAUGAUCAAUUAUUGAAUCUUGUACUUGAUGAAACAGAAGAAUUAUUAAGAGAUCCUGAGGAUAAUAGACUUUCAAAUGAGACAAGAUCACUUGGUUUAGUAGUUUGUCGUGGACCUGCUGUAAUAUUAAUAUCACCAGUUGAUGGAAUGGAAGAAAUUCCAAAUCCAUUUCUUCAACAAGAAUAA